AUGAGCGAUAAAGAAGUUGCUGUCGAUACUCACAGGGUCUCUUCUGAUCUGGAGGUGGACAAGAGAUUGAAAUGGAAACGAGAUCUUCUCCUUCUCCCUGUUUUAGGGACAAUGUACAUGCUUCUCUUUCUCGACAGAACCAAUAUCGCCAAUGCCCGCAUCGAAGGCCUUGAGAUUGGGUUCAAUAUGCCGCCAACGGGUUAUAACACCGCAUUGUGGAUUUUCUAUAUACCUUUCAUCCUGGCCGAGAUUCCGAGCAACCUUAUUCUCAUCUCGGGCAAGAUCAAACCCAACCUCUUCCUCGGUGGCCAAAUGUUCCUCCUCGGCAUUCUAGGUAUGUGUCAAGGACUCACAGCAAGCUAUCAGGGCCUCUGGGCCAUUCGUUUUCUCAUGGGGACUUUCGAAAGUGCUCUUCCCGCCGGUGCCGCCUAUAUGCUGUCCAUGUACUAUACCAAGCGCGAGUCGUCGAUCCGCUUUGCAUGGUUCUUCAACUUCGCUCUUGCCGGCCCUAUGUUUUCUGGUCUUCUCGCGUACGCGAUUGUCAGCUUGGACGGCGCUGGCGGUCUGGAAGGUUGGAGAUGGAUAUUCGUCAUUGAAGGUCUAAUGACCGUCGUCAUAGCCGGAAUCUGCACGCUGCUUCUCCCGGACUUCCCCCAAAACGCACAAUCCUGGUUCCUCAAGUCCGAAGAGCGCGACCGCCUCAUCGACGUCCUUGAGGCAUCCAGGGGUGCUGAAACCAAGGGGUCCGCCAUCGACCAGAUCCCACUUUGGAAGGUGCUCAUCGACUGGCGCAUCCACCUCUUCGCCUGGUGCUUCUUCUGCUGCGACAUCACAGCCUCCUCGAUCGCCGCCUUCGCGCCGACCAUCCUCACCGAGCUGGGCUGGAAAUCGACAACUGCGCAGCUUAUGAGCAUGCCCAUCUGGGCAUCCGGAAUUGUCGCCUCUCUCUCUGCGACGUGGCUGGCCGCUCGUAUCAACCUCCGCGCCCCCUUCGUGCUGGGAGGCAUCUGUUUCCAGCUCGUCGGCUGGAUCAUCAUGCACGUUUAUGUCCCCCAGCCUGGAGUGCGGUACAUGGCUCUCUUUUUCAUGUCCACCGGUACCUUCUCACAGAUGCCUCUUCUCCUCGGCUGGCUUAGCGCUAAUUUGCGUGGGCGAAAGUUUAUCGCCGUUGGUGUGGCUUGGGUCAUCGGCUUUGGAAACUGUGCUAACUUCAUCUCGUCUAAUAUCUUCUUUAAGUGGGAAUCCCCUCGAUACCCCACAGGAUUCACAACAGGGCUAGUGUUCACUAUUGUAGGCUUCUUCACGGCUUGUAGCAUUUGGGCGUUGCUGGUUUGGAAGAACAAGCGCAGGAUCUCGGUUCGACGGCUCAUGAGCGAGGAGGAGAAGGAACGGGACGAUGAGGUGCAUUUCAGGUUUGCUUGCUAG